GCUUGUGGCUCGCACUUUGACUUUGAGUAGCCAGCCGCAUCAGAAUCACCUGAGGGCGUUUCCAAAAACGACAAGUUCCCUGGCAGCAAGCCUGGAGUUUCUGAUUCUCUAGGUUUGGGUGGGGCCCAGGAUCUGUAUUCGAGAAGGCGCGCUGUUUUCCAUAUUUCACCAUAAAGCAUUUUGUUUACUUUAGGUUUUGUGUAGGCGCACUUCUAGUGCACAUUUUUUUUUGCAUAAAUGGAUGUUGAAUUUUAUCAAACCCCUUUCCUGCUUUUAUGGAGAUAUGUUUUUUUCCCUCUUUAAACCUGUUAAUGCGAUGGGCCAUUUGAAGGGAUUUUCCAAUAAAACUUUGUGGCGUUAACAAGGUUUGCAUUGCUGGCGUGAACCCAACAUGUUUCUUACUGCUGGAUUUGAUUGAGUUUCCAGUAUGGCUUCCGCACCAACUUCUAAAUAUAAUUCACACUCCUUGGAGAAUGAGUCUAUUAAGAGGAGUUCUAGGGAUGGAGUUAAUUGGGAUCUCAGUGAAGCUGUUCCUCAACUUCCAGGAGAAACUCGUGUUACUGAGAAAGAAGUUAUUUACAUAUGUCCUUUCAAUGGCCCCAUUAAGGGAAGAGUUUACAUCACAAAUUAUCGUCUUUAUUUAAGAAGUUUGGAAACGGAUUCUGCUCUAAUACUUGAUGUUCCUCUGGGUGUGAUCUCAAGAAUUGAAAAAAUGGGAGGCGCGACAAGUAGAGGAGAAAAUUCCUAUGGUCUAGAUAUUACUUGUAAAGACAUGAGAAACCUGAGGUUCGCACUGAAACAGGAAGGCCACAGCAGAAGAGAUAUGUUUGAGAUCCUCACGAGAUACGCCUUUCCCCUGGCCCACAGUCUGCCAAUAUUUGCCUUUUUAAAUGAAGAAAAGUUUAACGUGGAUGGAUGGAUGGUUUAUAAUCCAGUUGAAGAAUACAGAAGGCAGGGCUUGCCCAAUCAUCAUUGGAGAAUAACUUUUAUUAAUAAGUUCUAUGAACUGUGUGACACUUACCCUGCUCUCUUGGUGGUUCCAUAUCGUGCCUCAGAUGAUGAUCUCAGGAGAGUUGCAACUUUUAGAUCCCGAAAUCGAAUUCCAGUGCUGUCAUGGAUUCAUCCAGAAAACAAGACGGUCAUUGUGCGUUGCAGUCAGCCUCUUGUUGGUAUGAGUGGUAAACGAAAUAAAGAUGAUGAGAAAUACCUCGACAUUAUCAGGGAGACUAAUAAACAGAUUUCUAAACUCACGAUCUAUGAUGCAAGACCCAAUGUAAAUGCAGUGGCCAACAAGGCAACAGGAGGAGGAUAUGAAAGUGAUGAUGCAUAUCAUAACGCCGAACUUUUCUUCUUAGACAUUCAUAACAUUCAUGUUAUGCGGGAAUCUUUAAAAAAAGUCAAAGACAUUGUUUAUCCUAAUGUGGAAGAAUCUCAUUGGUUGUCCAGUUUGGAGUCUACUCAUUGGUUAGAACAUAUCAAGCUUGUUUUGACGGGAGCCAUUCAAGUAGCAGACAGAGUCUCUUCAGGGAAGAGCUCAGUGCUCGUGCACUGCAGUGACGGAUGGGACAGGACUGCCCAGCUGACGUCCCUGGCCAUGCUGAUGCUGGACAGCUUCUAUCGGAGCAUCGAAGGCUUUGAAAUAUUGGUACAAAAAGAAUGGAUAAGUUUUGGACAUAAAUUCGCAUCUAGAAUAGGUCACGGUGAUAAGAACCACGCCGAUGCUGACCGAUCUCCUAUUUUUCUCCAGUUUAUUGAUUGUGUAUGGCAGAUGUCGAAACAGUUCCCUACAGCUUUUGAAUUCAAUGAACGAUUUCUGAUUACGAUUUUGGAUCAUCUGUACAGCUGCCGCUUUGGUACUUUCUUGUACAACUGUGAAUCCGCUCGAGAAAGACAGAAAGUUACAGAAAGAACAGUUUCUUUAUGGUCACUGAUAAACAGUAAUAAAGACAAAUUCAAAAAUCCCUUCUAUACAAAAGAAAUCAAUCGAGUUUUAUAUCCAGUUGCCAGUAUGCGUCACUUGGAACUCUGGGUGAAUUACUACAUUCGAUGGAACCCCAGAAUCAAGCAACAACAGCCGAAUCCAGUGGAACAGCGGUACGUGGAGCUCCUGGCCCUGCGUGAUGAAUACAUAAAGCGGCUUGAGGAAUUGCAGCUCGCCAACUCUGCCAAGCUUUCUGAUCCCUCGACUUCCCCUUCCAGUCCUUCACAAAUGAUGCCCCACGUGCAAACACACUUCUGAGAGGGAACCUGGCGCUGCAUCACAGCUCCUAAGAGAGCAAAUCGUGGACUUUCAUUUGGGGCCUCUGUACAAAGUAGAUUAAAAUACUUGCCUCCAUGUAGAACUUGAACUAACAUAAUCUUAAACUCUUGAAUAUGUGCCUUCUAGAAUACAUAUUACAAGAAAACUACAGUGUCUACACGGCAAUCAGAAGAAAGGAGCCAAGAUGGGGUUUUGGAAAAUCCUGACACCUUUCCAAAGCAGUUUUUGAAAGAUAAAAUUUAAAUUUAAUUUACCUCUUUAGCAAUGCUAUGUACACGAUAUGUAUUUUGUAGGCUUAAUUGGAACAACAUUAUUUUAAACUAAAGGGGAAAAACAUAUGUUUGUGAAAUGGAUUUUCCUCAAGCUGCUUAUAAUAGUUGCUUUGGAUUAUCUAAAAUGAAUCCACAUGUGAAAGAUGUGCGUUACUGCCAAAACCAGAGUUCAGCUUUUGAGGCAUUAUCCGAAAGCAAGGUGUUGAAAUAAUUGCCAAAUUGUAUUCCAUCGUUAAGUGGUGACUUAAGGAGAAAUAGCUGUGUAGAUGAGUUUUUCAUUAUUUUGAAGUUUUGGAAUACGAAGUGUUUUCCCCUAAUUUUCAAGAGAAUCGUAUUUUUAUAUUAAAAAAAAAAUGGGGCCCACUUAAAUAUGAUUUGAUUUUUUUUUAACUUUGCCAGUUGUGUUUUCCAAGUUCUUCCAUGAGCUUGCCUAAAAUUCAGACCCGUUUUCAGGUCGUGGAGAAGCCCUUUGAGAGUACUGUCUGAGGAGGUCAGGUGUGUUAUGCUGUGGUGGUGAAGAUUUUGCAAACAUUGCUCUAGUCAGACCAGCUCGUCUGCCAAAGUGUCAGGUGGGGCAUCUUGGAGGUAUGCGCUGUUGCUAGAGCAUCAUUCUUUGAAAUAAAAGCUGCAGACGUACAUUGUUGAGCGUAUUCUUGAAAAUAUUGUGUUUAUGAAUUUCAGUUUAAAUGGUGUUGGAUGCUCCUCCCCCAAAGCAUGCAUAAAAACUGGUUCUACAAAUUUUUACUUGAAGUACCUGGCCGUUUGCUUUUUCAGUUUUUUUUUUUUGUAGUAUUAAAUGAAAUUUCAAAUGCAGUACUAUUUGAUAUCUGAACUAAUUCAUUUAGUAAGUAUAUUUGUAAAAGGUAAGGCUAGAGUUAAACCAAUUAAUGUGUUUCACGAUGAUUUGUAAAGGACUAUUUAUAGUUAAUAUGGUUUUGUUUUCAAUGAAUUAAGAGAGAUUAAAUAUAUCUUUGUAAAUUA